AUGUCGUCCGCCUCCUUGUCUGAGCCUUCGGGCUCCAUCAAGGGUUCUGGACCCUUCUUCCGCUCGGUACCUUUCCAGAUCCUGGUCGCAUGUGGUGUCUCGUUCACGGCUCCGGGAAUGUGGGAUGCGCUUGGUGGGUUAGGGGCUGGAGGUGCCGCUGAACCGUACGCCGUCUCUGCCGCCAACGCUCUCGUAUACGGACUCUUCGCUGUGGUCUGUGUUGCUGCCGGAGCUAUCAACAACCGUAUCGGAUUGACGUAUGGUCUUGCAUUGGGUGCUAUCGGGUACCCUCUGUAUGGCGCCGGUCUCUACACCAACAAUAUCUCUGCAAACACAUGGUUCAUGCUGUUUGGCAGCGCGCUUUGUGGUAUCUCCGCUGGUUUCUUCUGGGCUGCCGAGGCUGCUAUCAUUAUUGGAUACCCAUCACCUGGAGAUCGCGCUUUCUACCUUGCCAUCUGGCAGACCGCGAAGGCACUUGGACCGAUUGUUGGAGGAUCUAUCAACCUGGGACUGAACGCGAACCGCAAAACUACCGGAUCGGUUUCAUCAACGACCUACAUCGUGUUCAUUGUCAUCAUGUGCCUUGGUCUUCCGGUAGCCCUGUGCUUGUCGCCAGCGCACAAGGUCUGGCGAAAGGAUGGCACGCGGAUCGUCACUGAGCGCGCCGCGACCUGGGGUGCCGAGUUCAAGGCCGUCGGCAAGCUGUUCGUCAGUCGCCGUAUUCUCCUUUUGCUGCCAGCUUUCUUCAUCAGCUACUUCUACAACGGCUUCAUGAGCACGUGGUUGACGACAUACUUCACCGUCCGAGCUCGCGCGUUCUCCUCCUUCUUCACCAACUUUGCCGGUAUCUUCUCCUCGUUCAUCAUCGCCUUUCUACUCGAUAACCAGAAGAUCCACAUCAAGAAGCGCGGUCGCAUUGCAUUCUGCACCAUCAUCACCAUCCUCGUCGGCACGUGGAUCUGGGCAACGAUACUACAGAAACAGAACUACGACGCAUCGGAAUCCCCGGUCUUCGAUUGGUUCCAGGGUGGAUUCGGAAAGAGCUACGCGCUUGUCUUCUUCUGGCAGUUCGGCGGCCAGGCCUUCCAGCAAUUCCUUUACUGGCUAGUAGGCCAGUAUGCGACUGAUCUUUCCAACUUGAGCCAUCUUACUGGUAUUCUUCGUGGUGUAGAGGCUUUGGGACAAACCGUUGCCUGGGCUAUGCAAUCGGAAGGUGGUGCGAAUCACUUCGUCAGUAUCGGUAUCAAUUUUGGCAUCACGGUGCUGUGCGUCUUCCCUACCUGGAUCGUGCUAUCGGAACUGGAGGGCAGCCACGAGGUUCGCGUCACGGAGGAUAUAGUCCCAAACAAGUCUCACGAUGACACAGCUUGA